UUACUUGUGUUCACGGAAAGUGGCCUUGUGCGCAGCUAUUUAUCGUCCUCACAUUGAUUUGGGCGGAAAAAAUGGCGUUGCCCAUGAGUGUUGGAGGGCUCCUAGAAUCAGAAGUAAUAGAGGAUCCAUUGUACAAAGAUGAAGGUCUCUGUGUACUUGGUAUAUUCGGUAAGACUGCGAUGCAACCCGGAUCACCGAAAGAGUUUCUAAUCAACACGCUCGCGGACAAGCACAUCUAUCAUCUCUUCGGACUGGAUGAGACCGACAAUCAGAACAGUGGAAGCUUGAUUCAGGCGUACUACAGCCAAGAAAACCGCGUAUUGUAUCUGGUGCUUACUUCAGUUUGUGACAACCGACAGCUUUUGCGGGCGUGUGAGUCUUUGAGUACGAGCAUCGGACACUCGGAGGCGCACGAAUUCUGGAAAGGGGCGGAUAAACAGCAUUGUUUAGCAUUGCUCUAUCUCUUCUCCUUGUGCCAUGUCCUGCUAUUGGUCCAUCCUACAUGCUGUUUUGAUGUCACCUAUGACAGAUUGUUCCGUGCUGUGGAUGCACUUCGCCAGAAAGCUCUGCCACUACUACGUGCUGCCAUUAAGGAUUCCAACAUAUCCAAAGAAUGGAAGGUGAACUGCCGCCCCUGUCCCCCGCGCCUGCUAUUUGUAUUCCAGAUGAAUGGAACCCUGAGAAGCUGUGGUGGAAAUGGUUCAGAUCCUUUUGGGGGAAAUGCUGACAAGCCCAAGAAACACUCACCACGAAGACGCCUACAGCAUGCAUUGGAGGACCAAAUAUAUCGCAUUUUCCGGAAAAGUCGGGUCCUCACCAACCAGAGCAGUAAUUGCUUGUUCACUGUUCCUGCUAACCAGGCGUUUGUGUAUGUGGUGCCAGGGCCAGAGGAGGACCCAGUGGCAGCCGUCCUGGGGCAGCUGCGCUCCAACUGUGCCCUGCGGGAAAAUGACACCAACACCUCAGUAUCUGGACCCAGGCGCUAUCAACAAAUGCGUCACUCCGCUAGACAUCCAUCCUUCAAUGUAGAAAGCAGCAGCCUCUCAGGGGGGCAACUAGUGGACUGUAGUCUGAAGGAGUUCCUUUGGCAGCAUGUCGAACUGGUGUUGACCAAGAAAGGCUUUGACGACAGCGUCGGUCGCAAUCCGCAGCCUUCCCAUUUUGAGCUUCCAACGUACUCCAAGUGGGCCCAAGUGGCCUACAGGCUGCAUCAGGUCAUGAUAGCCAACACAGAUGAGGAAAGUGCCGAGCUGUCCGUCAAAGUACAAAGUCAGCUUAAAGUGUUGGAGGGUUUCCUGGAUGCAGACGCCAAGUUCUCUGAGAACCGCUGCCAGAAAGCCCUGCCGCUGGCACAUAGCACCUACCAGUCCAACCUUCCUCAUAACUAUACCACCACGGUGCACAAAAACCAACUGACACAAGCACUUCGGGUCUAUAGUCAGCAUGCACGUGGCGUAGCUUUUCAGCGCUACGCCUUGCAGUUGCAUGAGGACUGCUACAAGUUCUGGAGUAAUGGGCAUCAGUUAUGUGAAGAGCGCAGUCUGACGGACCAACACUGUGUGCACAAGUUUCACCUGCUGCCUCAGCCAGGUGAGAAGCCAGAGAUGGACCGCAACCCGCCCAUCCUCAACCACAACAGCAGGGGGCGUUCCACUAGCUCGUGUAACUGUGGCCGGAAGCAAGCCCCUCGUGAGGACCCCUUCGUCAUCCAAGCUGCCAACUACGACUUCUACCAAAUGCUUGAAGAGAAAUGCUGCGGGAAGCUGGAGAGGAUCGACUUUCCUGUUUUCCAGCCGAGCACCCCAGAACCAGCCCCUGCCUGCGAAGAAGCACCCAGGUCCCCUGAGGUGGCAGCCCCAGUCCCAUCGUCAGGGUCAGAGCCUGGGUCAGGGCCAUCCGAGGGGGAGAAGCUGAAGGAGAGCAUACCAGCGUCCCACCCAGUGUCCCACACCCCUGGGGAGAGCACCAGCCUCAGCCUGGCCCUCAGCCUGGGUCAGUCCACUGACAGCCUGGGGCCCUAUGGAGAUGGAGGGGGAGGCGAGGGCCACGAGAAGAGGCCCAGCCUGGUGGACCGCCAGGCCUCCACCGUGGAGUACCUCCCAGGCAUGCUCCACUCAGGCUGCCCCAAAGGCCUGCUGCCCAAGUUCUCUAGCUGGUCGCUGGUCAAGCUGGGCCCUGCCAAGGCCUACAACCCCCACACUGGCCUGGAGCAGCUGGGCUUCCUACCUGGCUCCUCCUUCCUCCUGCCCUGGGACGUGGUGAUUCGCUCCCGCUCCGAAGAGGAAGUGGGCUUAAUUGAGCCCCUGGAUGGGGGACCCUCUUCCUGGCCGGCCCCCAACAAAGCCCUGGUAGGAAAGAGGGGGAGCGCAGGGGGCCUUGGUAGGGGACGCAGGCGGGAUGACGUGGCCCGGGCCUUCGUGGGCUUUGAGUACGAGGACAGUAGGGGCCGGCGUUUCCUUAGCUCAGGGCCUGAUAAAGUGGUGAAGGUGCUGGGGCCUGGAGGGGCCAAAGAGCCGGCCACCAGGGCCCUGAACACAGACAUGCCCCUGUACAUCCCUUCUCCAGCCCAGGGGCGCGGCCUGAAGCCCCACUACGCCCAGCUGGCGCGUCUCUACAUUGUGGUCCCUGACGCCAACCUGGAGAUAACACUAAACCCACAGGUCCAACCGGGCCCUCCUCCCUGUCCAGUGUUCCAUCCGGAGCAGACGGAGCUGGUGCUGCCCCCUGAUGGCCUGUGGGUCCUACGUUUCCCCUACUCCUACGUCACAGACCGUGGCCCAUGUUACCCACCUAAAGACAACCAGCCCCUGGCCAACUACAAGGUCCUCAGAGGCAUCCUGCGUGCCAACACUACCAGCCCCCUUCCACCACAGUAACCCCCACUCAUAACAUUGCACCGCAAUGUGGCUCUCACUUUUUUGCAAGGUUAGUGUAAAAAUUACUGAGUUGGUUGGACCGUGACCUCUUGACUGGUGUUGUUUUAUCCCCUAACAAACUGAGUUAAAUGGAAUUGGACUGGAUUAGUUUAUUAUGAAUGGCAAUCUCUUAAAAGAAAAAGGUGUUGGUCUGCACUAACUGUCUCCACUUGGAUAUAUUCAAAUUGAAGAUAUUGUUCUCUCAGCUCUGUUGUUCAUGUAAACAAUGUCUAUUAAGGAGAGAAUAAAUGGCAUCUUAUGGAUAAA